UGACUUGCUUUCCUCGACCCGUCAUCGUGCUCGUUUCUGAUAUAUAUCACUCGUCCUCUUCCCUUCAAUUCCCGAAAUGGGCCGCGUACUCCUAAAGGUCAUAAUUCUUGGCGAUAGCGGUGUUGGGAAGACGUCCCUCAUGAACCAAUACGUGAACAAGCGCUUCAGCAACCAAUACAAGGCCACCAUCGGUGCUGACUUUCUAACGAAGGAAGUCCUAGUAGACGAUAAGACUGUGACUAUGCAACUUUGGGACACUGCUGGCCAGGAACGAUUCCAAUCAUUAGGCGUGGCAUUUUACCGUGGAGCGGACUGCUGCGUGCUCGUUUAUGACGUGAACAGCUCGAAGAGUUUCGAAACGCUCGAUAGCUGGCGCGAUGAGUUCUUGAUUCAAGCUAGCCCUCAUGACCCCGAAAAUUUUCCGUUUGUUGUUUUGGGGAAUAAGAUUGAUGUGGAGGAAAGCAAGAGACAGGUCUCCCAGAAACGUGCUAUGACGUGGUGUCAAGCAAAGGGGAAUAUUCCAUAUUUUGAGACAUCUGCCAAAGAGGCUAUUAACGUUGAACAGGCAUUCCAAACUAUUGCCAAGAAUGCCAUGAACCAGGAAGAAGAGACUGAACUUUACGCUGACUACCCCGAUCCAAUACGGAUCAGCGACACCGCUGGACAGACUUAUGGGUGCAACUGCUAGGACAGGGUAUGCGCGGUGGCACCACAUAACUUAUCUUGAUGUCAAUUGGUCCGUUUGGUUGUGCCUCAGGACUUUCGCGUUACUGUGCAUAUUGAUUUUUGAGUCCAUGAUCGAGUCUUUCAUGUCAUUCCCUAAUUUACGCAAUGUGACGCAGCUACCGUGCAUGGCGACUCGUACUCACACUUGGUGUUGUACGCGUGGGGCUCUCGCUGCCAAACAUCGGUCAGACCUGAGGGCUUGCGCCGGGAUGGCUAUCACCAAUGGGCUUUGGAUUUACAAUGGAAAGUCAUUCUAGCUCGGCGUGUCUGACAUUCACGAGUUGAAGGAUCAAUAUGUACAGCGAAUUCAUUCCAUCGAAG